UUAAAAAGACAGAUUGCUAAGUGGGUUUACCGAUAGUUAAUUUGAUUUUUUGUCCCAGUCACAUUUGAGGUAUGCUACUAUGGAACAUAUAAAGCUUGAGGUGAUGCCUUCAAACAGUGUAGCUCCAGCCCCUUCUGUGCCAUUUGGCAACUCGAGUGUAUCUGCCUCACAACAAGACAACGGAACAAGGACAAUAUAUUUCAACCAACCGUUAGAAGAACAAACAUUUUUAAAAAAUGAAAUCAGCACAGGAAAAUAUAACUUUCUUACAUUUCUGCCGUUGUUCUUGUUCGAGCAGUUCCGAAAAGUAUUUAACAUUUUCUUCCUCAUCAUCUGCAUUCUGCAGCAAAUUCCAGGUAUUUCACCGACUGGAAAAUACACAACAAUUGUACCUCUUGUGUUUAUUCUACUUGUUGCUGCUAUAAAAGAAAUAGUGGAAGAUUAUAAACGUCACCGUGCAGAUGACGCAGUUAACAAUCGAAAAGUGGAAGUUUUUCGAGAUGGAACUUUUGUUGAGUUAGCUUGGACCCAGGUUGUGGUUGGAGAUAUUGUAAAAGUUGUCAGUGGGAAGUUUUUUCCGGCCGACCUUAUCCUACUCUCUUCAAGUGAACCACAAGCAAUGUGUUACAUUGAAACUGCUAACUUGGACGGCGAAACCAACUUAAAAAUACGCCAGGGUAUACCGGCUACAAGUGAAAUACAAAGCAGUGAAGAUUUGUUGCAACUGCAUGGCAUGAUAGAAUGUGAGAGUCCGAACAGACAUCUCUACAGCUUCAAUGGUUCUAUUAAACUCAAUGAAGACAGGUUGCUUCCUCUUGGUCCUGAUCAGAUCUUACUGCGUGGUGCCAUGCUUCGAAACACAAAGUGGAUAUUUGGUGUUGUUGUGUACACAGGUCAUGAAUCUAAGCUCAUGAAAAAUGCCAAUCGUGCACCUCUGAAAAUGUCAAAUGUCGACAGAACAACAAAUAUGCAGAUUUGGUUUCUGAUGGCUGUCCUUAUCGUUAUAUCAUUGGCCUCUGCUAUUGGUAGCGAGGUGUGGAAGAAAGAGACAACUCAACGUUGGUACUUGAAUGAUACAGGUACUGGGCCGAAGGGAUUUUUCAUGGAGUUACUCACCUUCAUAAUUCUCUACAAUAACCUUGUUCCCAUCUCCCUACUUGUAACACUUGAAGUGGUCAAGUUCAUACAAGCAAUCUUUAUAAACUCUGAUCUUGACAUGUACUUCGAGCCGACUGACACACCAGCCAUGGCUCGUACUUCAAACUUGAAUGAAGAGCUCGGGCAAGUCAAGUACAUUUUCUCGGACAAAACUGGGACACUUACCGAGAACAUAAUGGAGUUCAAAAAGUGCUCAGUAGCUGGAAUUAAGUACGGGGAGGGGAUUUCGGAACGACCAGGCUGCUAUUUCUAUGAUGAAAGCUUUGUUGAAAAUCUUCAAACCAAGUCAAACUACGUGCAUGAGUUUACGACCAUGAUGUCAGUCUGCCACACGGUGGUGCCAGAGAAGGUGGAGAAGGUCGAUCAACCCACUUCGAGUAACCGUGACGACCAAGAUGGAGACGAUAACUUGGAAAACAUACAGUAUCAAUCGUCAUCUCCAGAUGAGAACGCGAUAGUGAAAGCUGCUCGUAACCUUGGUUAUGUUUUCUGUGUUAGAACCCCAACCCAUGUUGUUGUGCGUUGUCAAGGUAAAGAUGAGAGUUAUGAGGUCCUCAAUGUCCUUGAGUUCAGCAGCACAAGGAAGAGGAUGUCCGUGAUCGUGCGUGCUCCAGAUGGCAGGAUCAUCCUCAUGUGCAAAGGAGCAGACAACGUCAUCUUUGAAAGGUUGUCUGAAAAAUCACAAUUCAAAUUUGAAACUGAAAAUCAUCUGCGUGAUUACGCACGUGAUGGAUUACGAACUUUGUGUUUCGCUCAAACAGAACUCAAUGAAGCAGCUUACAAGAAAUGGAACGACACAGUUUAUUAUGAAGCCAGCACUGCCGUUGUGGAUCGUGACAAAAAACUGUCUGAUGCAUAUGAGGCAAUUGAGAAGAAUCUAUUUCUUCUUGGAACUUCUGCUAUUGAGGAUAAGUUACAGCAAGGAGUCCCAGAAACAAUCGCUACUUUAUCUGCUGCUGAUAUUAAGAUAUGGGUGCUUACGGGUGAUAAGCAAGAGACUGCCAUCAACAUUGCAUAUUCCUCUCAACUUGUCAACAACGAUAUGUCUCUCGUUAUAUUAAACGACUCAACACUUGAGAAAACAAAACAAACCAUGGAAGAAGCCAUAUGUGAUAUAAGGAAGGAACUAACAUGCUUGGAGGAAGCACCCGAGACCUCGAAAUUUGCAUUGAUAGUAACAGGAUCCACUCUACAGCAUGCGCUUCAUAAGGAACUUGAAGAGACGUUUCUUGACCUGGCUCUCUCUUGUAAAGCAGUUGUCUGCUGUCGAGUGUCACCCAUACAGAAAGCAAUGAUUGUUGAAUUGGUAAAGAAGAAUUGUAAUGCGAUCACACUUGCUAUUGGCGAUGGAGCAAACGAUGUUAGUAUGAUACAAGCAGCUCAUGUUGGUGUUGGUAUCAGUGGACAAGAAGGACUUCAAGCUGCUAACUCAUCCGAUUACUCCAUAGCACAAUUUGCUUUCCUGGGCAAACUCCUUCUAGUACACGGUGCAUGGAACUACAAUCGACUGACCAAAUGUAUUCUCUUCUCAUUCUACAAGAAUAUAUGUCUAUACUUGAUUGAGCUGUGGUUCGCAUUCUACAACGGAUUCUCGGGUCAAAUUCUCUUCGAUCGAUGGACCAUAUCCUUCUACAAUGUGUUCUUCACUGCACUUCCACCAUUUACACUCGGUUUAUUUGAACGCACAUGCAGUAGUAAAGUGAUGUUAAAACACCCCCAGCUUUACUCAAUAUCACAGAGUGCAUCGAAAUAUAAUGCUAAAGUGUUCUGGGCCAUGUUUGCCAACGCAACUGUUCAUUCACUCAUGUUGUUCUACAUACCAAUGUAUUCUAUGAAAAGUGAAAUUGCGUUUUCGUCGGGAAAGACAGGCGGUUAUUUAUUCUUAGGAAACUUUGUCUACACAUUCACUGUGAUAACCGUUUGCCUAAAAGCUGGGUUGGAAUCGGGAACUUGGACAAUUUUAACCCACAUAGCUGUAUGGGGAAGUUUCGCAAUCUGGCUUAUCUUCUUUGGCAUUUACUCCCACAUCUUCUCCAUUCUUCCUCUCGGAUCAGAGAUGUUGGGACAAGCAGACAACGUGAUGGCGAGUCCUGUCUUCUGGCUCGGCCUAAUCCUCGUACCUCCCAUGGUCCUGUUCAGGGAUCUUUUAUGGAAAGUAUUUCGUCGUCGAUUCCAGAAAUCUGUGGUUGAGAGAGUACAGGAGCUGGAAGUGGAACACAUUGAUCCUCAAAAGACCAUCCUUGAUGGUGCACGACAAAGAUACCAACAACCGAGGGGUGAAGGCCUAAAGUUCGGGAUUUUAGAUGCAUACGAGAUGUUUAAGGCAGCCAGUUAACUGUCGGCUUGUCCGAACGAGCUCAUCUUCUGCGGAACAUGUUUGGAAUGGGAAGAAACGGAAGUCGAACUGGCUCUGAUCUUCAACUCCAGGAGGAUAGGGAUCGCAGCUCUUCACUGAGAUCGCUGCAAGAUGCAAAUCACGGGUAUGCGUUUUCCCAGGAAGAGGGAGGUGUGGUGUCUCAGUCGCAACUAAUCCGACAAUACAACACGUCAAAUGAGCGCGGCAGCUAAAAAUAUUUAUUUGUUGCCUUUUAAUUUUAUUACUUUUUACGCUAGGUAGAAUGCAGAAAAGAUGGGCCAAUUGUUUUUCUCACCUCAUAUGUUUAACCUAUAUUUAAAUUUGUGUGCAUACAAUAAACUAACGUAUUACCUUCUCCGCUAUAUUAGACAUAUAUAUUUGUUAUCCUAUCGUUUCCAAGCAAAUAAAAAACUUGUAUUCUAUUACAACUUACACUAAAAGGUUGAAAAACCAUAAUUUUCUUUUACGUAAAAUUUUUUGUUGGGCAAAAAGUGCAAACAUCCUAUAUUCAUAUGAAACAUUACACAUGCGUUGUUUUGGCGACUGUUACUGUUUCACUUUUUUAUUUCUGUUAUUCGAUAUUAAGCAGUUUACUGUGCUUGCUUUUGUUGUACAGAUUUAUUUUUACUUUUCGUUUUGGUUUCAAAAUUGUUGUUGUCAAGGAUAAAGUUAUCCAUGUGAUAAAUAAAUUGACAUUGUUACACUAUUACACCAUAGUAUGCUGAA